AUGCGAGUAAAACCGGCAGAAACCCAAUCUCUGAGUGAAAAACUCGAGAAAUGCCAGGAAUGGCUGGAAAAUUGUACAAUUAACGAAAAUCAAUCGAUUUGUAGUGAGUGUCAAACCGAAAGUGACUCGAACUUUGAUUGUUCAUCAACAGAUUACAGUGAAUGUUCAUCACAGUCGCAGAUUGUUUCCAGGACAGACAGAAUAACAACUAUUGAUAAUAAUAAAUGUUUAGAAUCGAUAAUUGGACAAAAUCAGAAUGUUUAUGAGAAUAUAAUCGUUAAUAAGUCGAAAAGAGUUCACUUAGGUAAUGUUACAGUGAUUAACGGACCGAUUUACAUAAAAGAAUCGCAAAAAACAAAGAAAAACGAAGAUAUUGUGAGUGAUGUAAAGCUUGAACAUCUUAAAUUAGCUGAAGCUCAUAUUCGUUGGGUUGAUAGACGUGCGUGGUUAGCGCAACCGCAAGUUGAGGAAUACGAAAAACUACAGAAACCAGCUAAAUAUGUUAUUAUUUGUCACUCUGCAACAGAGGACGCUAGUACCCAUUGGGAUAAUAUUGUAUUAGUGCGUCACAUCCAACAAUUCCACAUAGAAUGCCGUAAAUGGUCUGAUAUUGCUUAUAAUUUCAUGAUUGCUUGUGAUGGUUAUACUUAUAAAGGUAGAGGAUGGGGUAUACGCGGUGCACAUUCAUUCAGAUAUAAUGCAAUCUCAGUAGGUAUUUGUUUUGUCGGCACGUUCUGUACAAAACUACCCCCGCAAAUCGCGCUGGAACAGGCGAAAGGACUGAUCAGAUACGGCGUUGAAUACGGCGUUGAGCAAGGCGAAAUCGACAAGGAUUACGCCUUAAUUGGAAAUUGUCAGGUCUCAUCGUCGAAGAGUCCCGGCGAGUGCCUGUUCGAGGAAAUCCAGACUUGGGAUCAUUACGACCCGAGUAUUACUCUAGAAAAUCCUUCAUCUUUAAUCGAGGCUGCGUAAAAUGA